AACAAUAUCCAACUCCGCGAUAGUGCCUCCCCUGGGGCUGUAUUCUAAUAAGCUAGUCCCAAACACCUCGUUGAAUACAUUUUGAUAUAUCGAAUUGUAAUGCAAAAACAUGUUACGGCUUCUUACUGUGAGUCAUGUGAGUGCAAUCUAAGCGGAGUUAGUGUAUAGCCUCUUUUCGUUCGCCGUUUGCGUUGCUAAUAACCACAGCAGUGAGUGAAGAAGAGAGCGCGAGACAACGCGUGCAUCUCCGAGCUCAGCGCCAGCGGAGGAAUAUCCCAGUUGUUAUUUAUUCUUCGGCUUGUUGUUCAUUUUCUAUUUUAUGAUUAACCCACGCUCUCACGUGUGAACCCAUCCAAAGACAGACAGACGUCUCAAAAGUACUUCAUCUCUGGUGGCUUUGGACGAAUACCUUGUGUGGUGUUUUUUUCGUUCAAAAAACAAGAGAGAAACAGCAAAAAAGGGAAACAACCUGCAUUACGUUUUGUCAUGCUUGAAGUUUGAUAACCUGAACACUUUUUAUGGAGAUCCAACUUAAUCUGUGAUUGCAAAUGUUACUGACUACACCACUUCUACACACACUAAUUUUAGUAUGGUGAUGCUAAACUGGACUUCUAGAAACUUGUGAAUUUUGGAAGAGGUAGAACUGUUCAAACUUUAGGCAUUCUUGGAUCACCAUCUCUUCAGCGUUGCAAGGAAAAAAAAAAUAAUGGAACUGGUGAUACCUUAAAGUGAUAAGCACAGAUAGUACAAAGAACUAGUGUCUUCACAGAUUAGAGAUUAAAGCAUCAUCAAUCAAUGCAUUAAGGUAUUAAGUCAUGAUGCAGGAAUCCGCGACAGAGACAAUAAGCAACAGUUCAAUGAAUCAAAAUGGAAUGAGCACUCUAAGCAGCCAAUUAGAUGCUGGCGGUAGAGAUGGAAGAUCAAGUGGUGACACGAGCAGUGAAGUAAGCACAGUUGAACUGCUGCAUCUGCAACAACAGCAGGCAAUACAAGCAGCACGGCAGCUUCUUUUGCAGCAGCAAAACAGUGGAUUAAAAUCUCCAAAGAAUAACGACAAACAGCGACCACUGCAGCAGGUGCCUGUGUCAGUGGCCAUGAUGACUCCCCAGGUGAUCACCCCACAGCAAAUGCAGCAAAUUCUUCAGCAGCAGGUACUGUCACCACAACAACUCCAGGCCCUUCUUCAGCAGCAGCAAGCAGUCAUGUUACAACAGUACAUUGAAGCACAAGAGACAUUUAAGAAAACUGACACAGUCACAGUGAAGCAAAGCACCCACCCUUUCAGUGUGCUUCAGCAACAUCUUCAGGAGUUUUACAAGAAGCAGCAGGAACAGUUGCACCUUCAACUGCUACAACAACAGCAUCCCGGAAAGCAGGCAAAGGAGCAACAGCAACAGCAGUUAGCCGCCCAGCAGCUUGUCUUCCAGCAGCAGCUCCUUCAGAUGCAACAGCUUCAGCAACAGCAGCACCUUCUUAACCUGCAGCGUCAGGGCCUUAUAUCCAUGCCUCCUGGACAGUCAGCGCUUCCUGUUCAGUCUUUGCCACAAGCAGGAUUAAGUCCUGCUGAAAUUCAGCAGUUAUGGAAAGAAGUGACAGGGGUUCACAAUAUGGAAGAUAGUGGCAUUAAACAUGGAGGCCUUGACCUCACAACAAACAAUUCUUCCUCUUCUACCUCCACUACCAAUUCCAAAGCAUCACCGCCAGUUACCCAUCAUUCCAUUGUAAAUGGCCAGUCUUCUCUCCUCAGCACAAGAAGAGACAGCAGCUCGUUACACGAGGAGACUGGAGCCUCACAUUCUCUCUAUGGUCAUGGAGUGUGCAAAUGGCCUGGCUGUGAAAGCAUCUGUGAAGAUUUUGGACAAUUUUUAAAACACCUCAACAGUGAACAUGCUCUGGAUGACAGAAGUACUGCACAAUGUCGAGUUCAAAUGCAAGUUGUGCAACAGUUAGAAAUCCAGCUUUCUAAGGAACGUGAGCGACUCCAAGCAAUGAUGACCCACUUGCACAUGCGACCUUCAGAGCCCAAACCAUCUCCAAAACCUCUGAAUUUGGUGUCAAGUGUCACAAUGUCUAAGAAUAUGUCGGAGACAUCCCCGCAGAACUUACCUCAAACUCCAACCACACCAACAGCUCCAGUCACCCCACUUACCCAGGGACCUUCUGUCAUCACCCCAGCCAGUGUGCCCAGUGUAGGAGCAAUCCGAAGACGACAUUCAGAUAAAUACAACAUUCCAUUGUCAUCAGGUGAUGACACGCUAUUUAUUUUUCCAGAGAUUGCCCCAAACUAUGAGUUUUAUAAGAAUGCAGAUGUCAGACCUCCAUUUACUUAUGCAACUCUCAUAAGGCAGGCUAUCAUGGAAGCAGCUGACAGGCAGUUAACACUUAAUGAAAUUUACAGCUGGUUUACACGGACAUUUGCCUACUUCAGGCGUAAUGCAGCAACUUGGAAGAAUGCUGUACGGCAUAACUUGAGUCUGCACAAGUGUUUUGUACGUGUAGAAAAUGUUAAAGGGGCAGUUUGGACAGUGGAUGAGGUGGAGUACCAGAAGCGGAGGUCACAGAAGAUAACAGGAAGCCCCACAUUAGUUAAAAAUUUACCCACCAGUCUUGGGUAUGGAGCAGCUCUUAAUGCAAGCUUACAGGCUGCACUAGCAGAAAGUAGUUUACCUUUACUUGGAAAUCCAGGGCUAUUAAACACCAGCUCCAGUGGAUUACUGCAGACAACUCACGAAGACCUCAAUGGUUCAUUAGACCAUCUUGACACCAAUGGCAACAGUAGUCCAGGAUAUUCACCUCCACCUCAUAUGCAUCCUAUUCAUGUCAAAGAAGAACCAUUAAACACAGAAGAUGAAGAGUGUCCAAUGUCGUUAGUGACAACAGCCAAUCACAGUCCAGAACUUGAGGAGGACAGAGAAAUUGAAGACGAAAAUUUAUCUGAGGACCUGGAAUAACAAGUGACUUGAGUACCUUCAGCCACAGGGUCACAUAAUGGACGUCAAUAACCACUCCACUAUAUAUAUAAAAAAAAAAAAAAAAAAAAAUAUGGCAGACUCUUACUGUGACUAUUUAUUGAGCAUGCAUCAAGGAGAUGGACUAAAGGAACUAUUUGUUACAGACCUUUGGAACCAAGUAACAGCAAGCAUAAAAUGCUUGUUUUUUUUAACCUAUAAAGACUGAUUUCAUAACAGACUUAAAAUGGCUUGGGCCAUAUAAGAAAUUGGCUACCAAGGUUUAAGGAUUGGACAUAAACAAGGAAGUCUGUUCUGUAGAAAGUUAAAGGCCUCAUAUACUGCCAAAAAUAGUGUUAGUUUCAUUCAGUGUGAAUUUCCAAUCUAACAGCAGUUGUUUAUGUUAGAAACAAUUGCUGGUCAGUUCAAGUUGUUGCUGUUUUAUCAUUUGCACAGGAGUAGUAUCAGAAAUUAGUGUCACUGCCUGUAUGUAGCUGAAAUAUUGAGUGGACCAUUAGAGAUUUUUUUUUCUUUUCGUCUCCUUUUGUUCUUUCUCCAUAUCUUUUUUCUUUUUUUUUUUUUUUUUUUUUUAAUAAUUUUUUGGCGCCACCAACUGUAAAUGACAUUGCUAUUUUCAAAGUCACAGUUUUUAAGACUGUUGUAAACUUAAACUGUCCAAAAAGAAAGAAAAAAGAAAUAGGCUUCCAGUCUUUUUUGUUAGUGCUGAAACAUUACGUGUGAUCUUGAGUUGGAAGAAAGCAACUGUUAAGGCAAGCACCAUAAAGAAAGAAUGCAUUUUUGCAUGUUAAACAACUGUUCGCUUUACCUCCUUGUUCUGAAGCUUUGUCUACCUGCAAACAGUCAAAGGCAACAGCUAGAAACCAAAGCCAACUGUAACAAUGGCCAAUAGCUCAAAGACAGAAGCAGCCACAUGCUUUGGUCAGCCUUCUGUACUUUAAUCAGUACAAAGGAUGCUGUCCAUGAACUACCUUUCGAUAACCUCUGGGAUUGUUUCUUUAAGCCCUGUACAAAGAAAAUGAGUCAAUAUGUAAGUGUUAUUUGAUUAAUCUCAAGUGUCCACCAAAGGGAACAAAGGAAUCUGGCAUACAUACACACUGUCUGUAUACCAUGCAUACGCAAGUUAAGUGUGUGUGUGUGUGUGUGCAUACUGUAUGUACUAUAUUGCAUAUUUGUCAUAUACGCGCACAGACACAUAUAUACUGUAUAUAUGAAAAAUGUGUGUGCCAGUAAUUGCAGCAAUGGGUUUUAUGUGAAUCAUUGGAAAAUUAAUGGUGGACAGGGAUCAACUUAAUGUGAAUCAUGAGUACUGUUGACCAAAAUAAUUUGUGUACUUAAUAGAAGUGCAGAAUUUUUAUUGUUGUAUGAUUACAUUUUGUUUUUAAACAACAUUUCCCAUUUAAUCAUGUUUUGUAGUGAGUUUGUAAUGUUGGUGGGGUUGUCUUGUACAUACUUUUGCUUUUUUUUUUUUUUUUUUUUUUUGUUUGUUUGUUUGGGUCUUUUUUUUUGUUUUUUUUUUUUUUGUAAAAUUUGUUCAGAGUUGUCAUAUAUGAAACUGAAAACGUAGUAGUAACCAAACAUUUUAAAGAUCUAGUGAAGCCAAAAAAGAAAAAAAAGAAAAAAAAGUCAAGUUGAUAUGAAAUUAUCUGGCUUGGGUUUCAAUUAAAAGAUUAUUAUAGCCAUUGGAGUCUAUGGUGUUUAAGGUGACUUUUGCCUUUUCUAGGUGAUAUUUGCUUUAUUCAGAUCAUUCAAAAUCAGACAUUUUGUUAAAUAUGGUACUGCUUUUACCACACAGUCAUUGUUUUUGAGCAAACCAUUUACAUACUUUCAAGUUUUUAAACUUCAAAAUAUCUGUUUUGCUUUAAUUUUUUCCCUUCCUGCUUAAGGUCAUUCACAUAAAUAUUUUGAAGAGUUCAGCAAAUAACAUCUAGAAAAAAGGAUGUGGUUGCUUUAAUGGUCAUUUCUGUUUUCAGUCAAACCAAAGUUACACAAAAUUCUGCCUCUUCUUAAACGGGCUAGUAAAGCUAACAAUACACUCCCUUUUAAAAGACUUGCACACAGUCCAAAUUUUUCAUAUGCUGGCUUUCUUUGGUCCUUGUUUUGCUAAAACUACCAAUGCAUAAAAUUUUAUAAUAAUUUGUAAUACUGCAUUGUGUUGUAUUUAAAAUACAAUUGUAUGUCUACAUUGUGCUUAAACCUUCAUAUUGUACAUAUGUGUUGCUUUUGAAGUGCUGUGCCAAGCCUUUUCUUUGUCCCCUUCCCUCUCCCUCCCCAAACCAAGGGACCUCAUAACCUGAUUAUGGUUAUUGCUUUACAAACAGUUCUUGACAGAAGGCAGGCUGCUAGAGCUUAACAUACAAACCAGUUCCACAUGGAGGAACUGGUUCUUGCAACUAAGCUCAUCGUUGAUUCUUUGCUGGAGUCAGCAAAUAGACUUAGAGUCAUCAUCUGUCACGCCAAAUAUAAGGACACAAUGUCUUUCUAAAGGGUUCUCCCACUCACCCAAAAAAAGGCUUUCUAAAAGGUUCUACCUCUGCACAAAAAAAGAAAUCCAGAACAAUUAAGACAGAUUGCACGAGUUGUGUGAAUGCCACAAUAAAUGUUACAUUUUUAUUAUGCUUGUCUCUAGGACAUGGUCAACAAGAAGGUUUACAUUCCCAAUGUCAGAAACGCAAGAUUUGCAUUGUAAUAAAGGUUGUCUUCUAACAUAUGUAGAAUGAUGAUGAUGUAAACAUUACGUUUGAGGGAUUACUGUAUUUUUCAAAUGCAUGUCUAAAAUACUUCGGUGGACUGGAAUUAAAAUGCGUGUAGUAAUUCUUACCAUCAGGAAGGUGGCCUAAGUGUACAAUGCUAAAGUAUGCAUACCUCAGCUAUACUAUUUUUGGGUAAAAUAUGGAAAAAAAAAGUCUCAGCCACAGAAUGCAUAUAACCUGUAGAUUUUGCAUGGGUUUUGUAUAAAUACUGUUUAAAAUAGCUGCUUGCACAUAAAUACCAGAAAAACCUCCAAAACUGCAAUUUGCUUCUACACUAGAUUUUAGGUUUGAUGGGGUUUUCUGAGAUGCUUUGUCUGUAUUUUGAUAAUUGUGCAUAUUAUGUAAAAAUGUUGGUGGACCCAUAAAUUAACUUUUUCUAUGAAAACAAAUAAUGUUGCUUUAAUGCAUUUCAUGAAUUUUUACUUGGAUAUCAUCGCUUGCUAGGAAUAGCAAACCUGCUUUUUCUGCAUCUGCUUUGCGUAGCUGUUGUAAGGCUUUAAACUAAUAUAUGUAUUUAUUGCUUGAAGUUCUGUGCAUACCUUAUGAAGCAUUAUGUCUGGCAAUCGAGUCAUGUAUUCUUUCUCCUCUCAUACGCCGAUGAUGACUGGGAAUAUUCCCUAUGUAUACAGUAAAUUUGAACUGUAGCACAAAACAUCUGUUUAUGUAUUGGUGGAUACCUUUUUUGUUUAUUUAUCUUUUUGAGGUAAACUAAUUUUUGAUACUUUUCAUUACUGUGUACUGUGUUCAUACCUUGAAUUCUCUGACAUUAGAAGUCAUGGUUGAGAAUUGUAACAGCUGUUAUUUGUUCUGUAUUCAUGGCUUUUCACUGCUGAAUAAAAUAAAGGACCAAAACUAGGAUUUGAAAAAGCAA